AUGGACGGUAUAGAAGAUACAGUUGUAACACUGAUAAAUUCAACUAAUUCAAAUAUGAACAUGUCUGAUAAGUAUAACUCAAUUCUUCCAGUUGCUUCAGUAACGAGUACAACAUAUUGUAAUCAAAAGAGCGUCGCUGAUCAAUACACACUAAACAGAGAGCAAAAAGCUGCAUUCAUGAUAAUCACAAGUCACCUUGAUGGCGACCAACCGUCACACGCAGGAGAUAACAAUGGUCAACUCAUCAUGUGUAUACCCCGGUGUGGUGGUACAGGAAAAUCACAACUUAUUCGUGCUGUGACUGAAUAUUUUCAUGUUACAAACAGAAUACAAAAGAUGCGAAAGCUAGCACUCUCUGGAAUUGCAACUGCUGAGAUUGGUGGCAUGACUAUCCAUUCAUUUUUAGGCGAACAACGCAAUUCAGGAAAGCCACGAACUAUUAAACCAGGCGAUUUAAAACUGGAAAACGAAUGGACACUUGUAGAGUAUCUCUUGAUUGAUGAAAUGAGUAUGGUUGGUUUGACUUUACUCGGAAAACUCAAUCGAAUCCUUUGUGCCGCUAAACAUGCCGAUCCGCAAAUUCCAUUCGGUGGUAUAAACGUGAUAUUCUUUGGUGAUUAUUUACAGUACCAGCCAGUAUACGAUGCUCCGUUACACACUGACUUUUCAUCGAAAAACAAAAAGAAAUCCAGCAACGUGUCACACGUUCUUUAA